GGGAGGAGGGCUGCAGCGUCGCCGGAGGGGUUUCCGCCGCUCAAGGUGUAAACCGCGACAAGAGAAAAACGGCGCGCGCC